GGGGCCCCGAGCAGCCACCGCUUAAAAGGCUGCGCCCGCCCCGUCCAGAGACUCGCUCUUGCUCCCGAUGGCUUCUUCCACUAUCUUCGUGCGCUCGCUGCUCCGCUGCAAAACCGCGCUGGUGCUGGUCGGCGCCCCGCUGGCGCUGCUGCCGCUGCCGCUGCUGGUGCCCACCCAGGAGGCCCGAUGUGGCUACGUGAUCGUUCUCAUGGCCGCCUACUGGUGCACGGAGGUGAUCCCCUUAGCGGUCACGGCACUCCUGCCUGUGGUCCUCUUCCCGAUGUUUGGCAUUCUGGAGUCAAAAAAGGUGUGCAUGCAGUACCUGAAGGACACCAACAUGCUUUUUGUCGGAGGGCUGAUUGUGGCCGUGGCUGUGGAGCACUGGAAUCUGCACAAGCGGAUCGCCCUGAGGGUGCUGCUGAUCGUCGGCGUGAAGCCUGCCCUCUUGAUGCUGGGCUUCAUGGGGGUCACCGCCUUCCUGUCCAUGUGGAUCAGCAACACGGCCACCACCGCCAUGAUGGUGCCCAUCAUCCAGGCCGUCCUGGACCAGAUGAACAGCUCCGAGCAGGACCUGGGGGCCGCCGAGUCCGCUCCCGCCGGGCACAUUAACGUGGCGAUCGAACUGGAAGGGAAAGCGGCCGCCAGCUUCUCCUCUGGACAUGCGAUUGGCAACGGACACCUCCCUGAGAACUGCCAAGAGGCAGACUGGGACGCCAAGAAACGCAUCAACAAGGGCAUGACUCUCUGUGUGUGUUACGCGGCCAGUAUCGGCGGGACGGCAACACUGACUGGGACGGGACCCAACCUGGUUCUGAAAGGCCAGAUGAACCAGCUAUUCCCCGAGAACGGAGAUAUCUUGAAUUUCGCCUCCUGGUUUGGCUUUGCCUUCCCCAACAUGCUGCUGAUGUUGACCCUGGCCUGGUUUUGGCUCCAGUUUGCCUUCAUGGGAUUCAACUUCCGGAAGACGUGGGGCUGCGGCACCCAAAGGACCGAGAAGGAGAAGGCGGCCCUGAACGUCUUGAAGGAGGAACACCGCAAGCUGGGGGCCGUCUCCUUCGCCGAGUUCAACGUCCUGAUGAUCUUCACGCUGCUCAUCGUCUUGUGGUUCACGCGGGACCCCGGCUUCAUCCCCGGCUGGGCCACCUACCUCUUCAACAAAGACAAAGAGUACGUGACGGAUGCCACCGUGGCCAUCUUUGUCGCCCUCCUGCUUUUCAUCCUCCCAGCCACCAAGCCCCGGUGCGGCUUCUUCUGUCAAAACAGCGGCGAUCUCGAAGAGGGCGAGGAAGGGAUGAAGGAGCCAUUAUUCCCGGCCCCGUUGCUCGACUGGAAGGUGGUCCAGAAGAAGAUGCCCUGGAGUAUCGUGCUCCUCCUGGGCGGAGGCUUCGCCCUGGCCAACGGAAGCGACGCGUCGGGGCUCUCCAAAUGGCUGGGGGACCAGAUGACUCCGCUGCACACCGUCCCCGCCUGGGCCAUCGCUAUAAUCCUCUCUCUCGUCAUUGCCGUCUUCACCGAAUGCACAAGCAACGUAGCGACGGCCACCCUUUUCCUUCCGGUCUUCGCCUCCUUGUCACAGUCCAUUGGGGUCAACCCCCUGUACAUCAUGAUUCCCUGCACGCUCAGUGCUUCCUUCGCCUUCAUGCUGCCUGUGGCAACCCCUCCCAACGCCAUUGUCUUCUCGUAUGGCCAUCUCCGCGUUUUAGACAUGGCGAAAACUGGAAUUGUGAUGAAUAUCAUGGGAGUCUUAUGUAUCACUCUGGCUAUCAACAGCUGGGGCCGUGCUAUGUUCCACUUAGACACGUUUCCGUCGUGGGCGAACACCACCACGGGGAAGUGAAGGCACAAACCAGAGAGAAACGGAACAUACAGACCUCCUUGCUCUGUUGCCUCUUUGCUCCAAAGCUGUCCACAGUGCCUUAGCAAAAGAGGUCCGUGCUUCUUCCAGGUUGGGGCCUACCUGGCAGAGGCUGUUCCCACAGUGCCUAUGCUGCCCCCAGGAUGCUUUUGGACAGGACUCGCAGGAAACUACCUUCUCAGGGGCAGCCCAGCUGUUUCCCCAGCCAAACUGGGAACAGAAUACGGGUUAUUUUCAUUAUCAUUGUGGAAUAACUGGGGGGGGAAGCUGUGGUGCUUGGAAAGGAAGACGAAUCGGUGACGAAUCGCAUUAAGGGACGAAUCGGUUGCGAAGUGCGUUAAGGGAAAACCAGGAACCCGAGGGCAUCCCAGUGAUGAUUAACCCCCUCUCACGCCUGCCACAGGCCUGCAGGUUAACCAUUGGACAGACGGUCCGUGCUGUCAAGGCAGGGAAACUGACUGAAGAAGGGUUGGUGCGGCGUGAGCCGAACCCGACACCCUGCCGAGAACGGGCACUUCCACGUACGCAGGGAACAAAUACUUGGCAGCCUGGGUUUGUUGUUUUGCCCCGGUGUUAGACCUGAAGCUGACGCAACACCCAUCUCGAGUGCAGAGCGGUGUUUACAAAUCCACCGCGAGAGGAGCCAGGGUUUGAAGUGGACACUGACUGGAAAGAGGUGCAGAAGUCAGACGCCGGAAAGGGGUUUAGAAGAAGUCGGGUUCAGGGGUUCAGGAUCCGCCUUACUGUCCAGCUCUCUCGGCCACAGACCUGUCGCCAGAAAUGUUGCGAGGAAGGGCGCUCAAUACAGAUCACGGCUGUUCUUACGAUCCUAAACGGGGCUGGAGACCGGGGUAGGACAGACAUGUGCGUUCCUGGUCGGUGGUUGUGUGAAUCCAAAGAUCAGGAGAGAAGGAGGGGAGAGAGAUCGUGGCAGGAGCUGGGGAGGAUGGGCAUGGCCAAAACACAUGCCAACAUUUUACCGAGGAUAGACAGAAAGCCUUUCUACCCAGCUUCGGGCUCCCACACAAUCAUUCUCCUCUGCUCUUCCCUUGAUCUUUGGAUUCACACAGCUGCCAAUCAAGAACGCGUAAGUCUGUCCUAUCCUGGCUGGAGCUCCUCCAACCCUGUUUAGGGUCAUGAGGGCAGCCCCCUAGCCUCAUGGGCUUAAGGGUGAAUUGACUUGAAGAUCAAUCCCGUCUGUUUUCAUUGUACACAACUUCAAAGUGGGGGGGGCAGCGUCCAAAGUUUCUCUCUCCACAAGGACAAGGUCAAGAGACUUCCAUUUAAAACCAGAGGCUCUCAAACGUGGGCCCCAAGUUGUUUUCGGACUACAGCUCCCAUCAUCUCAUGCAACUGUGGUUAGGCAUGAUGGGAGUUGUAGUUCAACCUCUGGGGACCCAUGUUUGAGAAGACCCGGUGGUGGUGUUUUUUAAAGUGAGCUGAAAGAGCAGAGGACCCUGGAAAAUAGAAACACCUCCCUUCCCACCCCUCUGGCUUUUAUCCUGUUUGCUUGACCUUUUGGGCAUUGGAAAACUUAGCGCUGGAAUAAUUUCCUUGGCAAAUGUGUGGGCUCAAAGUGAACAUAUUUGUAAUCCCCCCCCCUCUUGGGUUUGCCAGAAUCAGUCUGUGAGCCAGACCCACAAAUUUUGGCUAUGUGUGCCAUCUCCAGGGAUGAAUGCUCAUAGUGAGGAUGGCAACAUCUGAUUGAAUGAUUGAUUGAUUGAUUAAGUGUCAUCAAGUCAUGUCGACUCUUAGCAACCCCAUAGAUCAGUUCUUUCCAGGAUGACCUGUCUUCCACUUGGCCUUGAAGGUCUCUCAAUGGUGCAUUCAUUACUGCUCUAAUCGAGUCCAUCCACCUUGCUGCUGGUCGUCCUCUUCUUCUCUUGCCUUCAGCUUUUCCCAGACUUCUCAAGGGAGCUGGGUCUUCACAUAAUGUGUCCAAAGUAUGAUAGUUUGAGCCUGAUCUUUUGUGCCUCGAGUGAAAUUUCUGGAUUGAUUUGUUCGAUGAUCCAUUUGUUUGUUCUCCUGGCUGUCCAUGGUCUCCUCAAAAGUCUUCUCCGGGACCAAAGCAUAAACAUCUACCCCUGCCCCCCACCAAAGAUGGAAAAGAGGUGGAACUUCGUGAUAUCACCCCUUCUUUAUCGCUACCCCAGACAAUUAGGGUCAAAUUGCAGUCAUUUUUGCACAGAGGGUCACAAUUUGCAAAUGGUUGUUCUCUCUCCAUGGGAACAUAGGAAGCUGCCAUAUACUGAGUCAGAUCAUUGGUCUAUGUACAGUAGCUCAGUAUUGUCUACCCAGACUGGCAGCAGCUUCUCCAAGGUUGCGGGCAGGAAUCUCUCCCAGUCCUAUCUUAGAGAAGUCAGGGAGGGGACUUGGGACCUUCUGCUCUUCCCAGAACGGCUCCGUCCCCUGAGGGGAAUCUCUUUCAGUGCUCACAUGUGGUCUCUCAUUCAAAUGCAACCAGGGUGGACCCUGCUUAGCUAAGGAGACAUGUCAUGCUAGCUACCACAAGACCAGCUCUCCAUGGAGUCAUCUUUAGAGGAUAUGCCUGCCCAUUUUCAUUUCUGUCCCUCUGGCAGCAUCGACACAAUUUUAUAUCGUUUUUGUGUUGCAAAUCACCAUUGCAAAUUUGGCUGCUGCAGGCCUGAAUGUCAGGACAAUAAAAGCAUGAUAACGCACUGCAAGUUGAAAGUGGGAUCACCAAUCUUCCGUCUCUAGGAAGAUAGACCUUGUCCAAAAUCACAAUCAGCAUUCGUUCCCCCAGAUGGUACUGACCCCCACCAGCUGGGUGAUGGACUAAUUUGCCGCCAAUAAUAAAUUCCAUGCAAGAAUGGCUAAUUGAUGUAACUUAAAAAAAAAACCACUCCAGUAUGGGUUAUUGGUGUGCUUAUUUUGCUCUUCUGUAUUGCUGCUGUCAAGCAAAGUUCAUGAUUUUUAAACCAAGUCACAGCUAAAGACUAGAUGUCGCAAAGUCCAGUUGAAAACAGUCUUGGGUUUGAUCCACAUGGGCGCAGGAAAAUCAGUUCUGACAUCACGAAUGGGCUGACCCCUUCUGGCUUGGGGAGCCCAGAAAUAAGAAGUGGCCACCACGGCAUAGAUCCAUGAGGACUAGAGCUUGCCUGGAAAAAGAAGGCGGCGGGCCAGUUAAGAACAUAAGAACAGCCUGGUUGGAUCAGGCCGAAGGCCUGUCUAGUCCAGCAUCCUGUUUCACGAGUACCAAGUGGGUCGGAGAAAUGUCCUCCCAGCUUUGAGAGCACCCAGUUUCAGGCGUGUGCUAGGUAGGAGGAGGGGGAAAGGAUCAUGUGGGAGGCGGAUGUUGGGUUGGAUGGCUUUUCCUCCCCUCUCGAUAAGAUGCUGGGUAGGACAGCACCAUCUGACCCAGGGUAGGACAGCGCCAUCUCGCUUCUCACACAAUCUCUUGCCUAUCUAGCACACAACUGAAAACCGGGAGCCUGUACGGCUCUCAAAGCCGGGGAGGAUGCUUCUCUGGACCAUCUUUCACAUGUAAGAACUGGUUCCAUGGCUGGCUACCCCAGGCCACCUUUGGCCUGUGCUGACGAUUCCCUUCAGCAAAUUGAGCAAUACCUCUGAAGCAAAUUGACUUAGGUGCCGUCAAUGUUGCAGAAAGAGAGGGCUUUGCCCCAAAGAGCUUACAGUUACAUGUCAACAAUAGGGUGGAUCCUAGAGGGGAGAUUAACAAGAUUAGAAAUCUCUUCCAGUGAAGUCCUCCGUCAGGUGCCGUCGAUGUUGCAGAAAGAGAGGGCUUUGCCCCAAAGAGCUUACAGUUACAUGUCAACAAUAGGGUGGAUUCUAGAGGGGAGAUUAACAAGAUUAGAAAUCUCUUCCAGUGAAGUCCACCAUCUCUGCCUGUGAGGCUGGAGAGCGAGUGCCAGCCAGGAGCUAGUGAAUGUGCCAAUAGGAGCCAUUUUUGUUUCUGGCGGGGAAGGCUUAUGCCCACACCAUCCAAAUAUCGGGGAAGGCUUAUGCCCAGGAUCAUCCAAAUAUCCCUCCCUUUUGUGUGUCCCUCCCUCUUUUUCUGCAGCCAUAUCCUCUGGGUGUGAGCCUGCAGGCAGGAAUAGUUCUUUGAAACUUAAUUAUUGUACAGUGGGUAGUGUUGGAAAUGCUUUAUAAAUAAUAAAUAUUAUGAUGGUUGUUAAUGCC